AACCCCGGACCGGAGACAAGACCUUACGUAUCUGCACCAUGGGAAGGAGAGCCUGCCUUUGGCACAAAUAUUAAUUGGAGCUUGCAAAAGAGGAAAGAAAGAGAGGGAGAGAAAAUCCAGCUUCCUAGAGGGUCCCUUUUUGAGCCCUGGGCAAGCCUUUUCCUGUCUCGUGCCUCCUCCCCUGGGCAGGGAGUCGCCUGGAGAGACUUUUGGGAAUAUCCGACGUUGUACAGGAUAUAUUUCUGUCGCCAAGAUCAAGAGGAAUUUCCAUUCCGUUCUCCCCGUCUGUGCUCUGUUUGCAGGAUACCUUCUGCUGAGGCUGUUUCUUGCAUGAGAAGAAGCAUCCCUUUCCAAAGAAGGUGGAAACAUGGCCACGGAGUUGGCCCCUCAUCUUCUCCAGGAGAAACAUAUCCGAGAAUUUCUCCAGAGGAAGCCCGGGGAGGAGAUUAAACAGGAAUCCAGCGAGCAUCGGCGUCAUCAAUGGGAGCUCCAGUGGCAGGAGUUCCUGAGGACCGUAGAGUCCCCGAUGGAUGUCCCAUCGAUACCCACAGAGCCUUCUCCGUGGGACGACGCCAAGGCCUUUCUGGCCGCCUUUGAGCAGGUGGCUGAAGCCUGCCGGUGGCCCAGGGAGGAGUGGGUGACCCGACUCCUGCCGGCACUCAGCGGGGAAGCUGAGCAGGCCUUCAGCUGCCUUGAAGGUCAAGAGCGGAAGGAUUAUGAGAAGGUGAAGGCCUCCAUCUUGCGAGGAGAUGCCACCAGGCGAGAGAAGCAGCGUCAGCACUUCCGGCAUUUCCGCUACCAGGAGGCCGAGGGGCCAAGGGGGGUUUACGGCCGACUCCAGGAGCUUUGCCGGCGGUGGCUGAAGGUGGAGAGGCACUCCAAGGAGCAGAUCCUGGAGCUGCUGGUCCUGGAGCAGUUCUUGAUGGUCCUUCCCCCAGAGAUCCAGAACUGGGUCCGGGAACGAGGCCCCGAGACCUGCGCCCAGGCGGUGGCCCUGGCUGAGGACUUUCUUUGGAUGCAGAGAGAGUCUUUGCGAUGGGAGCAGCAGGUGGUGACAGCAGUGCCACCCUUGGCACCCACAAGCAUCUCUCUGGUUGAAGCAGAGCCUGCAACAUCCGAAGGGGAAAAGAGACCCCUGAGUGUCGUGGUCAAGCAGGAGGCUGACUCUGGAAACUUCAUCUUGUGUGGUGAUGUUCAGCAAAAUGAGAACAACAGAGAACUUUCCUCAGAGGUCCCAUUAGAAAGGAUUGAGAAAAAGCAGGAUGAAAACCUUGGAAGUCAAGCUACUUCUCAGAAGAGGGUGAAACCCCACCAAACAGACAAACGGAGGGAAAACCCUUCCAUUUGUCCAGGUGUCUCGUUCCACAACACAGCCGUCCCGGAAGGCAAACCAAACGAAACAAGGAGAUACAAGUGCAGCGUCUGCGGGAAAGGCUUCAACUACAAGUCGAGCCUGAAGAUUCAUUUCAGGGUCCACACGGGGGAAAAGCCGUACAAAUGCCCGGAGUGCGGGAAGGGCUUCAGCCGGAGCGACCUCCUGGCUGCUCACCAAAGGAUCCACACCGGGGAGAAACCCUACAGCUGCUCCUAUUGCGGGAAGAGCUUCUGCGACCUCUCCACGCUGGUGAAGCACCGGAGGAUCCACACCGGGGAGAAGCCCUACGUCUGCAAGGAGUGCGGCAAGGGCUUCAGCCAGAAGGCCGUCCUGAACACGCACCAGCGCAUCCACACAGGGGAGAAGCCCCACAAGUGCCUGCAGUGCGGGAACAGCUUCAGCCGGAGCACCUACCUGGCCUCCCAUCAAAGGGUCCACGUCGGGGAAAGGGGGCACAAAAUCUCAGAGUUCGGCAGGAGUUUUGCCGAACCCCCUGGCCUUUUCCGUCAGAGGAUUCGCCUUGAGGGAAAGCAGCAUCAGUGUCCCGAAUUGGAUCCAAACCAACGUGUAUCGUACCUGGGACAUCAAAAAAUGUACGCCGUGAAUGACGCCAUGCAUAUUAUUGAACAUGGAGUAGGAGUACCUAAUGAAACUUUGGAACAUGCUAUAUGCUUCAUCAAGCAUACAGCAUCCAAGCUCUGCCUCUCCGAGAUCCACACCCUGGAGGAGAUCUCCGGGGCCAAAGGCCGGCAGGACAAGAACGACAUCGCCCUCAAGACCAACGGGGACCAGGCUUCCUUUUGCGUGAAACAGAACAUGGCAGAAGAGCAACAUAUUUCUUUGGCCAUGUUGGGAACUGCUUGGGAGAAAAGAAUAAAAAUGGAAAAGCCCGAUGCAGCUUGUUACGAGUUAGGAGAAGGCCUUGAUCCUGUUCAGACCGAGCACAAACGGGAGUUAUCUGGAAAAACCAUAGAGAAGAACCUGGGGGAGGACGCGCUUAGUCCAGAUGUCCUGCACCAGCGCUUCGUGCAGUUUGAGUACCAGGAGGCUUUGGGACCCCGAGAGGUUUGCAGCCGACUCUAUGCUCUCUGCCACCAGUGGCUGAAGCAAGAAGAACAUGCUACAGCUCAAUUUGUGGACCUGGUGGUCCUGGAGCAGUUCCUGGCCAUCCUUCCCCCAGAGAUGGAGGACUGGCUGAGGGAUUGUAGGCCAGAGACCCCUUGCCAAGCAGUGGCCUUGGCAGAAGGCUUCCUUAUGAGUCAGGCAGAGAAAAAGACACAGCAGUGCUCAACUGAGCAAGAGAUGGAUGAGGUGGAAAAGUGUCCUUUGGAGCCCAGACAGACACUACACCCUGCUUGGAUGGUGCAGGAUGUCAAUGGAGAGUCCAUCUCAAUAAAUGUUGAAAUAACAGCGGGGCCUCCCUGUCCAAGCACAUCUCUUAAUGUUGAUAAAUCCAUAGCAGCUCCUGCAAGACUGAAUCAGGUGACUUUUGAAGAGGUGGCUGUGUAUUUCACGGAUGAGGAGUGGGCCAUGCUGGACCUUGGCCAAAGGACUCUUCAUUGCGAAGUGACAGAGGAGAUUCUGGGGAUGAUGAUGUCUCCGGCUGGUGAUGGAAGAUUGAGUGAAAAUGAAGGGGAGACAUGCAGGCUGCUCUCUGAAAGAGCCACGUACAAACAGACGGAGGAGAAUGGAAGAAACGAGAAGAGUGGGGACAAAGCAUUGGCACAGGGUGCGGAAAGCAGUGGAAUUUCAGUCAAAGACAAAACAGGAGAUGAAAAGGAAUGUAUUUAUCUUCCAUGUGGGAGAAGCAUCAGUUGUAAAACAAGCCUUCAUUGUCGUAAAGAAAGCAGUGAAGGGGAGAUGUUAUUCAAAGGCGGUGACUACGGAGAAAUUGCCAGUGUUUGGAAGGGCUUGAUUUCCCAUCAGACGAUGCCGAUGGACCCGGUAUCCUUCAAGUGCCUGGAGUGCGGAAAGAGCUUCAGUGAGAAGGCCCAGCUCACUUCUCACCAAGCGGUUCACACAGGGGAGAAACCCUUCCCGUGCUUGGAGUGUGGGAAAAGCUUCACUCAGAGGUCAAUCCUCACUCGCCAUCAAACUAUUCACACAGGAGAGAAACCAUUUGGUUGUUUGGAGUGUGGGAAGAGCUUUGGCCAGAAGGCGGAUCUGACUCGUCAUCAAGCAGUUCACACCGGGGUGAGACCAUACAAAUGUUUGGAGUGUGGGAAAAGCUUCAGCCAGAAGGCAGACCUCACUUGUCAUCAGAGAAUUCAUACCGGGGAGAAACCGUUUAAAUGCUUGGAGUGUGGGAAAAGCUUCAGCCAGAAGGCAAACCUUAUUGGUCAUAAAACAACUCACACAGGGGAAAAGCUUUUCAAAUGCUUGGAGUGUGGGAAGAGCUUCAGCCGGAAGACCAACCUCACUUGCCACCAAGCCAUUCAUACCGGGGAGAAACCAUUCCAAUGCCUGGAGUGUGGAAAGAGCUUCAGCCAGAAGACCAACCUCCUUGGCCAUCAGGCAACUCACACGGGGGAAAAGCUGUUCAAAUGCAUGGAGUGUGGGAAGAGCUUCAGCCGGAAGACGCACCUCACUUGCCACCAGAGAACGCACACGGGAGAGAAGCCGUUUGAAUGCUUGGAGUGCGGACGGUGCUUCAGCCAGAAGUCCCUCCUCGUUCAUCACGAAGCCACUCACACUGGGGAGAAGCCGUUCCAUUGCUUGGAGUGUGGAAAACGCUUCAGCCAGAAGACAAAGCUCACCUACCAUUUGAAAAUGCACAGGGGAGAGAAACCGUUUAAAUGCUCCGAAUGUGACAAGAGCUUUGGUCAGAAGUCACUCCUUGUUCGCCAUCAGGCUGUUCACACGGGGGAGAAGCCAUUUAAAUGCUCCGAGUGUGGGAAGAGCUUUAGUCAGAAGAUCGAUCUCACUCGCCACCAGAUCAUCCACACGGGGGAGAAACCCUUUCAGUGCUCCGAGUGCGGAAAGAGUUUCAGUUGGAGGAAAAGCCUCACUGCUCAUCAAGCCGCGACAAACCACUGGAAUGUCUCAGAUGUGGAAAUAGUGACAGUUGGGGAUGAUGCCAUAUUUGACACGAAAGAGUUUGUACACAUGAACGUGGAAAGUCCGCCAAUCAUUGCACGCAUCUUAUGACAUUCGCGGAAAUUCACUCAUAGUGCAAAUCAAAUAUGCUGUUAUCAGUGAGAGAAGCAACAAUGUAAAUAUAUUACAUCCUCUUUUUUGACAUCAAAGAACCCAGGCAGAAAGAAGAGUGGAUAAGUACUUGUACUGAAAAAUUGAGCUUCAGUGAGAGAUGGAUUUUCAUUUAUGGAAUAUUGAUAUGGGGUGACCUGACAAAUGCUUGGCAUGAGGAAAUUUUGUCGUAAUUUUAUCGCCCCAAAGGAAUCACACUUUUGAAUGCAUUGAGUAUGGAAACAGCUAUUUUUAAGAGAGAAUAUCAUAUUUUACAUUAAAAACACAUAGUAGUAGAUAACAAAAAGGGGGGCCUUUGUAGAGGAUACCCCUCAUGAAGGCUUAGAUGUCAAACUGAUUUUUAACCAGAAACAAAGCGUAACUUGAGCCAGAGUGGUAGUUGGGAUUUUAGUGUUGGACUAGGUUUCCUCAAGAUCAGGAUUAAAUCUGCUUGGCCAUGGAAAGCCACUGGGUGAUUUUGGGCAAGUCACAUUCUCUCAGCUUCAGAGGAAGGCAAUGGCAAACCCGUUCUGAAGAAAUCUUGCCAAGAAAACCCCAUGAUAGGGUCACCCUAAGUCAGAAAUAACUCAGUGGCAUAUAGCAGGUAACAUGAAUUCGAAAGUAAUAAUUUUGAGUUUAUUGGAUUUGUUUUUAAGCAUUCAAAGAAAUUACUAAUCAACUUCUUUCCUGACAAUAUAAGAAGGUGUUGUGGACAUUUCAAGUUGAGUAACUGAAUUGGCUAGACACAAAAUCAUGAAUUUGGAGAUUCAAAGGAGUAAUAAAUCUGUGAACGGGAAGACAAAGAAAGAUAAAUGUGAGUACCAAUGAUUUCUAGGUAACAGCUAUACAAAAGACAGUUUGGCAAUGUGGGAUGGAAUGGGAAAGUCUGAAUUUGAAUCCGCUCCUAAAGGUCAAAUGCUCGUUUUGGUGAAGUCUUGUAAAAUGAAAUGUUUUGUAUACAAUUGUUAUUUAGAGAGACUUUUGUCUUUGAGUAAGUACAAUUUCAUUAUCAGUUUAUGGUAGGCAGUGUGUGUGAUAUGCAAACAGAAAAAAUCUCACAUGCAGAUUUACAGAAGUAUUUACAUAUUUAUCACUUACCUUUUAAGUAGUGAUUUUGAUUUCUUUUGUGUAAGGUAUGAGCACAAGUAAUCUUAUCUAACCUGAUAGCUGUGUGUUUAAGAUUUAAGACUCUUGCAUUAGUCACAUUAUGGGUGGGAAGAGUGUGAGGAGAAAGAUUUGGUGUCACAGAGAUGUCCAGAAAUAUACUCAUCUUUCUGGGAGAAACAAGUAGCUCUGAAACAUUGUUUUGUUGUUUUUUGGUUGGUUGGUUGGUUGGUUGGUUGGGGUUUUUUGCCUCUGCAAAUGGAGGGUGAUUAUCAGGCAAUUUGGAACGGUUUGAUACAUCUUCCUCAACGGCAAAAUAGUAUUGUUCCUGGAGGAAAUUUUGUGAAAUUACCUCCAGGCUGUUGUUAGUUUAUUGUUACUAGAUCAGUGGGACUCAACCUGUAGGUCCCUAGGUGUUUUGGCUUUCAACUCCCAGAAAUCCUAACAGCUGGUAAACUGGCUGGGGUUUCUGGGAGUUGUAGGCCAAAACACUUAGGAAUCCACAAGUUGAGAACCACUUGUCUAGAUCAAUAGGGCUUUCUGACUCCCAGUGGCUUAGAAGCAGUAUCACAGAAGGUUCAUUUCCCCCCAGCUUUUCAGUUUGGCAGUUGACAUGGAAAAGAUAAUUGCAAAUAUUUUUGAAACUCUUUUGGGACUCAUAGUUUCCACAUGUGUGUGUGUGUGUUUGUGUACAGAUGUGGAUACAAAACAGCAAACCUACCUGAAGUCAAAACAUUUGGCUCUGGGGCUCUGGACUUUAGUGCCCUGGUUUCCAUUCUACCCCUUUUUUGCAAAUAGGUCUUUCUCAACAACAAAAAUGGGUGUGUAGAAAGUGGCUGAAACCAAGGGGCAAAUUUUCCCAUUCUUCGGGUAACAGUAUUAUAGGAUGCCUGCCAAGCAGAUCAACGCAGGCAGAGGGACCAGGGGGCUGCCAAAUAGGAGCUGCGCUGCCCAGUGAAAUGUUCCUUUAUUCCCUAAAUUUCUCAUGAUGAUGCAGGUAGUUUCAGUUGAUUAGAAAUAUAGUUUGGGCAUCUAAAGGGAAGGAUCAUGGCAACUUGAGGAGAGCAGUUAAAGGUACAAAGAGCCUUUCCCCUUCACAAUUCAGAGGAAUUACAUUUAUGCCUUGAGCAAACAAGGAAGGACAGCCAGGUUUGAUGGACUGUACUAUGUAACAAAAUUUGAAAAAAAAUCUGUUCCUGGUUUGAAAGUGUUAUUUCCUGUUUGAGUGGCCCUUACUUUAAAAGUAGUUAUUAUAUAAUAAGUUGAGUGGCCCUUACUUUGAAAGUAGUUGUUAUACUCCAGGAACUUUGUUUUUGUGGCUGCCACAAACCAUGUUGAAUUGGUUGAGAUUCUAUGAGAGUGACUCUGUGAGCUAUUAAUUGAAAAACUAUAGCAAAAUGUGCUGCAGAAUGUCCCUCCUGCAAAAACAAAGUUUUUACAUUUUAAUCUUUUCCAUGUUUUUAUGAUAGAACUAAUUAGGAAAUGACAUUUAUAACCCAGGAACAAAAACCGUAUUCCAUUGUGUUACAGAGUUGAAAUACUUCAUCUUCAAUUGACCUUGUGGUGAUUGAUUCUGAGUCUUGUAUGGUGCUUGGCCAGUCUGGUCUGCUCCCCAAGAAACACAGACUAGCUGAUCAAAGGAAGGGACUUUAGAGGUUAUCCAUUAAACUUAGGGGAGUGGGGGUUUGGACAAUGUAGUGUCAAGAAGGGAAUAAAACAUCUGCAAUGCCAAAUGAGGAUAUACAAGUUUGCAAGGAAGAUGUACCUGGUAUGUGUAUACCAUAACUGUGCUAGCCAAGAAGUAUGAGGAUGAAAAACGUGGCAGUUAAGAAAAGUGUUGUUUUGUGGUUUGGAUUCUUCCCCCUAUAAGUAGACCUACUGGAUGCACAUCUCAUGCAGUCUUUGCAAGCCAAGCUUUCUUGUUUUGCCUAUUACAGUUUCCAGAGAAUGAACUGUUAGCAUAGUUUUGGGAUUUUGUGGGAAUUGUAGUCCAAUUGCCUGAGAUAUGGAUUCUAAAGAGCUGCAGGCUCACCACAAUCACCCUUUUUCAAGGCUAGAUUUUUGUGUGUGUCAGGAGCGACUUGAGAAAUAGCAAGUGGCUUCUGGUGUGAGAGAAUUGCCUGUCUACAAGGAUGUUGCCUAGGGGACGCUCGGAUGUUUAGAUAUAUUUACCAUCCUUGUAAGAGACUUCUCCCAUAUCCCUGCAUGGAGCUGGAGCUGAUAGAGGGAGCUCAUCCGUGCUCUCCCCGGGUUGGAUUUGAAAAGGCAACCUUCGGGUCAGCAACCCAGUCUCCAAGUCAGCAGUCCUGCCAGCACAAGGGUUUAACCCACUGUGCCACCUGGGGCUCCUAAGGCUAGAUUGUAUGUGAUUUGAUUGGGGUCAAUUGUUGUAAGCUCUGCUGAAGGAAAGUUGUCACAUCUGUCCUCCUCUUUCCCAAUCACUUCCCAAAUCUUCCACUCAGACUUUUAAAAAUUGAAUGUUAUAAAUUGUACAGAAGGGUUUAUAAAAUGUGCAAAGAAUUUUACAGUCUUCACUAGCAAUUAAAUCACAAGAGGAAGGGAAAGGAAUAAAGGAGGGAGGGAGGGCACAUACAUAACUGCACCAUUCUUAUUGAGAUUGAUUUGUAUCAGUUCCAUUAAUGGACAAAAAAAUCGAUAUUGGUUGUUACAAGGUCCAUAAUUGUAUGAAGUUAAACCAAGUUAAUCCAAAACAUCUCUAACAGUGAUGGAUGAGUCUUUAUUAGCCGUCUUUAUUAGCAAAGAUCAUGAGUUGAUGCAAUAUCUUAAUAAAAUUGCUAUUAUUACUGUC